AUGGCCAAGCAGCUCAACGUGUACAUGCAGAGUAGUUCUGAGAAUGACACACUCUGUCCUAGUCCUUCUCCUACCCUAAUCCACCCUCCUACACCACCACCAUCAUGGUCGUGGUCGUCCUCAUUGCCAUCGCCCCGGCCCCAAGAUUCUCGUCCUCUGUAUCCUUGGGCCAUGGCACAACUCUGCAAGGUGCGCAGCUUUGAGUACCUGAUGGAAAAUAGGAUAACGGCGAUCAGGGGUGACUUACGGUGCAGGAAUUGUAAGCAAGAAUUCGAGAUGGAGUUGGAUUUGAUGAAGGAGUUCUUGGAGGUGGGGAGCUUCAUCGAGAGGACCAAGGAGGAUAUGAGAGACAGAGCCCCGCUCUCUUGGUUAAAGCCCAAACUCCCCACUUGCCCAUCGUGUCACCAAGACAGCUCUGAGCCGGUAGUCAUUGAUUCUCAGAACGAUGGUUACAGUAUCAACUGGCUCUUCUUGCUGUUGGCUCAACUCUUGGGGUGCUGCACUCUUCAACACCUCAAGUUGUUCUGCAAGACAAAUGAGAUUCACCGAACUGGGGCUAAGGAUCGACUCUUAUAUCUGGCUUACGUGAAUCUCUGCAAGCAACUUCACCCCAAUGGGCCUUUUGAUCGUUGA